CUCCCGGCUUGAAGAUAACAUGCAAUUGGGCUACCCAAGUGGUGCCAUUCAAUCAAAUUUAGUCACUUGGAAUAUUCAUCUUCGUUUGUCUUCACUCUUCUUCACAUUAUUUGACUCCCUGGAGGCUCUAGGCUUCUACCAACUACAUGUCUGCAUAUGGUGGGGCAUCGAAGUUUUAACUUCACGAUUUAACACUUCCCAAGAGACGAGUUUGAGUCUCCGAAUUCUGGCUCUGAGAUUGAAGAACCAAAAACAAGAAAAAGAAGAAGAAGAAAAACAGAGUCAUGGGGAAGGUUGCAGCACUACCAAUAGUUGGGAUGGUGUUGGCUGAGAGUGCACAAGCUGGGCUAAUUAUAGUGAGCAAAGUAGCAAUGUCUAAUGGCAUGAGCAACCUCAUCUUUCUCUGCUACUCAAACGCUCUUGCAGCCCUUAUCCUGCUCCCAAUUUCCUUAGCCUUCCACAGAUCCGAGCGUCCUCCUCUCACUUUCUCUACCAUCUGUUGGUUCUUCUUGCUUGGUCUAAUUGGAUUCAUGGCGCAGUUUUUUGGGUAUGCUGGGAUUAAUUUGAGCUCUCCUACUCUGAGCACGGCUAUGCUCAACCUCAUUCCAGCUUUUACCUUUAUACUGGCAGUCAUCUUCAGAAUGGAAAGAAUUGAUGGGAGAAGCUCCAGUAGCCUUGCUAAAACCUUGGGAACAAUAGUUUCAAUUUCAGGGGCUUUCAUUGUUACUCUUUACAAGGGCCCCCCACUUCUGAUGACAUCCUCAACUGAUAUAUUGUCUCAUAACCAACUUUUCUUGGAACAGUCAAACUGGGUCCUUGGAGGAAUGUGCAUUGCGCUUAAUUGUGUGUUGGCCUCAUCUUGGCUUAUAGUACAGGCAUCAGUUCUAAAGAAAUACCCCGCAGAGCUGAUUAUGGUAUUUUAUUAUUGCUUCUUUGUGGCUAUUCAAUCUGUAGUAGUCUCUUUGACUGUAGAAAGAGACUUAAGUGCAUGGGAAUUGAAGCCUAAAAUCAGGUUGAUUGCUGUUCUAUACUCGGGAGUCUUUGGCUCAGCAUUCCAGGUUGGUGUAUCUACUUGGUGCCUUCACAGGACAGGGCCUGUUUUUGUAGCUAUGUUCAAGCCUUUGGGGAUUGUCAUUACAGUUUUCGUUGGUGUCACCUUCUUAGGAGAUACUUUCUACCUUGGAAGUUUGAUAGGAGCAAUUGUUAUUGUCAUUGGAUUUUAUUCUGUGAUGUGGGGAAAAGCAAAAGAAGAGAAGAUGGAUGAUGAUGCAGGGGCAAGGAGUGUGGCAUCAAGUAGACAACGGGUCCCUCUAUUGCAGAGCCAUAUUGAAGAAAUAUAGAAGUUUCUUUGCAGUACAUCGCCCUGUGAGGUCUUUCUUGCCAAAAAAACAUGGGUACUCUCUGUUGCUUUUGUCUUAGUUCUUUUAAAAUGCUACCCCUUCCAUCAUUUUUGAAAACUGGGAUUGGUUAUUGUGGGAGUUGUUUUGCUCAGGCCAUGCUUGUUGGGAAUUAGUCACCCUAAGUAAUGCAGGACAAGGAACAACCAUUUGAUAUUGUCCAAGUCAAGGCAAUGAUUUGGCACAAAGAUUUCUUCUACUCUUUUUUCUUUUUCCUGGGAGAUGGUAAUCCUGCAUACAUCCAAGGGCAGUUUGUUGGUGCAAACUGAGCAUAGUUGCAAGUUUGCUGUAAAGGUGCAAAUACCAUGAGAAGUAUGUUGUGCUCAUUGUUACUACAUGUUACGAUGCAUCUGUUUCAUUUUAAAUAAUGUCCAAGAGAGAGUAGAAAUUUCAAAAGACGAUUCAAGUUGGAUUGGCUGGCACUAUCUGGCUCCUCAUUGCAUGAGGAGGCAGUUUUAUUGGCUUGCCAUUAAUGAACCUUUCGAACUACUAAAGCGUUUGUAAUUCAUUUGUGGAGUUUCUCUGUAUUUUAUAUUGUCAAUGCACUUGUAGUUAUACUCUUAAUUGAUGAUUAUCUUGUCUACUUUCCAAUGAGUAUAUGGAGACUUAUGCUUGAUGUUUUCCUGCACAUAUAUAUUCUUUUUAAGAAACUUUGUUUGUUAGUUUUGGUAGUUAUCUUCAUAAUAUGCCCCCAGACCUGAGGGAAGAAUUUUCUGAAAAGUAUUAAAUAGAAAAUAACAGUUUAUUUUCCAUGUAAUGUAGGGUCAUGAACAUGUGGAGCAUGAUCAAAGAUAUCAGCAGCAUGAGUUGAAUAUUGAGUUUGCAGGGUCAAAGCUGCCUCAAGAGCAACAUGUCAGUGAGGAGCAGCUCCUUUGCUUGGAAGUGAAAUCUACUCUUUCUCUUUGGUUUUGAGAUGUAUGAUAUCCUUCAUUACUUGUGGUAAAUAAGGUAAUAAUGUUGGAAUUAGGCAUUGGGGGGAGAAAAUGAUGGCAAAGGCCAAAGUUCUUGAAGAACAUAUUUUCAACUGUGUAAUCAAAUACAAUAUAAGAAUCUUAUAGUCAUAUAUCAAGAGCUUUUCAUACAUCCAA